AUGUGGGGGCCAGUCAACGGCCUCGCCUACCCGAGGAGCGCAAGGGUGCGAGAGAGUUUCAGCGACGCCAUGCAAGAGCUGCAGGUCCCGACGCUCGAGACGUUCCCCCUCUCCGCUCCCAGGGCAGAUCAGACGCACGAUGGGCUGCACUACUUCGCGAUAAAUGCGCGGGAUGCGCAGCUGAGGAAGGGGAUGAAGCUGAUGUCUAACAUAGUCGGCCUCACGAUUCUUCAGCUCUUCCUCAACUACUUGUGCAACGAAUGA